AUGCGUCAUGCGUUGGACGAUCAAAAGUGUGCGCAUGAUCUCGAGGUUGAACGUUUGAGUAGAACGCAUCAAAUUCAGAUUGCGACGAUGGAUAGUAAAUUGUGUGAAGCCGAAAAGCAAUCUGAGCAGUUGAUCCGCGAUAAAAAAGCACUUGAGGCUACACUUAGUAAGGAUACGAAUCAAAAAGUUGUUGUGAGUUUUGCUCAUUAA